AUGUACGAAGUAAGUAGGGGCAAUGAGGAGAGACGACAUACAUUAGCUGAUCCAUUAGCUAAAGUGUUGGCAGCCCGAGAAGAGAACUUCAAGCAGCAGUUAGCAUUUCUCUCCACUAUCACUGCGGUGACUUCGAAUCUCAAGAUGUCUCAAAAAUCCCUACAGACAAGCGCACUGCAGUCGUUGCAAUCCAAAGAGGAGCUUGGUCUCAUUGACGCAAUCGACAGCCUGCGAUCACAUGGCGUCAGUCACUAUAUCUCUCUACCACAGUUAAUCGUCUGCGGCGACCAGUCCUCGGGCAAGAGCUCAGUUCUCGAGGCUAUUUCAGGCAUUCCUUUUCCCACAAAGGACAAUCUCUGCACCCGCUUCGCCACCGAACUCAUCCUUCGAAGAGCAACGGCCACCGGUGUAUCAGUUUCUAUCGUACCAAGUCAAGAUCGGUCAGAAGCGGAAUGUCAUCGUCUGUCACAGUUCCACGAGACGCUCUUAAACUUCGAUGGAUUUUCUGUGUUAGUCGACAAGGCAAAAGACUUUAUGGGCAUAUCGACCACAUCGAGUGCGUUUUCCAACGACGUUCUUCGGGUUGAGGUCUCCGGACCAUCGCAGCAACACUUAACUAUCGUUGAUCUGCCUGGUCUGAUACAUUCAGAGAAUAAGCUACAAACGGCUGCGGACGUGGCGCUCGUCCUCUCCAUGGUGCAAACAUAUAUGGCCAAUCGGAGAAGUAUCGUCUUGGCUGUGGUAUCUGCAAAGAACGAUUAUGCUAAUCAGAUUGUGACUAAAUUGGCCAAGGACGUCGAUGCGAAAGGUCUUCGGACUUUGGGUAUCAUAACAAAGCCCGAUACACUUCCCAUCGGCUCCGAGAGUGAGCUAGCAUACGCCAACCUGGCGCGAAAUCAAGACGUCGAGUUUCGAUUAGGGUGGCACGUCCUCAGGAACCGAGACUACGAGUCGAGAAACACCUCUAUGGAGGCUCGAGAUGCGGCAGAAGAACAAUUCUUUUCGCAGGGCAUAUGGAGAGAUUUUGCUCGGAAUCUUGUUGGAAUCACUUCCUUGAGGACUCGGCUUAGCCAAGUCUUGCUGCAGCAGAUCAAGAAUGAGCUGCCAAGUGUGUUCGACGAGCUCGAGGCAAGCAUUAAGGACAUCCACGAAGCGCUCGGAAGGCUAGGCGCGAGCAGAGAUACAAACGAGGAGCAGCGACUUUUUCUGCUGCAUGUUAGCCAAUCUUUCCAAUCCAUCGUCAAUGCAGCUGUCGAUGGCACGUAUGGUGAUAGCUUUUUCGGCGAUUCUCGCUCUGCAGAAGGAUAUAGCAAACGGCUUCGUGCCGUCGUGCAGAACCUCAACAUGGAAUUCGCAGAGAGGAUGAGGUUGUGUGGCCACAAGCGCGAGAUAGUGGAUCGAAUCGAGUCAGAUGUACCACCUCUCGCUGCUGGAGUGCCACAGAUCAUCUCACGUGCCGUUUUUCUUGAUGAGGUGACGGAACUUCUGAAAACGAGUCGUGGCAGGGAGCUUCCCACAUAUGAUGCCACUACCGAUGCCCUCUUGCGAGAGGUCCUUGACCCUUUAAUGGAACAGCGAUAUCGAGACAUGACCGCUAAGCUUGUUGAACUUCUCCUUCCGCAUCAAAAAGGACAUCCAAUAACCUACAACCACUAUUUCAUCGAAACCAUCCAAAACAUGAGGGAGAAGCGUCUUGAGGCUGAGGUAACUAGGAGACUUUCCAAGUUCUUUGGCGGUCGAGAUCUAUCGUCACUUGAAGAACUUCCGAUCAAGAAGGUAAAGACGUCUAGUCUCAUAUCAGCACUGACUAGUCGCAAAGAAGCCGACAUGGACAGGUAUGCUAGUUCGGAGAUUCUCGAUUGUAUGCAAGCGUACUACAAGGUUGCUCUGAAAUCAGUGGUUGACAGCGUUGUAAUUCAAGCGAUUGAGACGCAGCUUCUUGGGAAACUAGGAGAUCUACUAUCUCCAGCGCGCGUGGUACAGAUGAAAGCUGACAUGAUCAACAAGAUCGCCGCAGAAUCUUCUGAGAGCCGAUUGCAGCGAGAGCGCAUGACGCGAAAGCUGGUCGUGUUGAAAGCUGGAUUCGAAAUGUGUAAGAAGCAUAUUGGUCGUCCUAUGACAAGUCAGUUCAUGUUCCUCAACUUGAACUCUGCCAUAGCUAAUUGUCCAGAUCUUCAACAUCGUCCGUGGCAUCCUGAGCAACAUGUUUUUGAGGAUGAUUCUGAAUCUGAUCUCCUUCACGACAUCUCAGAGUCCGAGGAUGUGAACGGUCAGGAAGUAGUAAGUUCUCUGGUAAUGGACAAUGUUAAACACGAAUAA